AUGUCAGAACAAAGUAAUAAAUCAACUACACCACCAGUUAAUCAUCAUCCCAGUUCGAGUCAAUUCUCUAUGAACUUUGAAAAUGGAGAUAAUGAAUUUGAUAUGCAUCAUACAUUUGUUCCAACAAGUCAAAGAGGUAAAGGCAUAGCAGAGAUCUUGGCAUCGGGCGCAAUGAAUUAUAUUCGUGACAACAACUAUAGAGCUAUCCUCAGUUGUAGCUAUUUGAGUGGUCGUUGGUUAACAAAUAAUCCUUCCUAUGCCAAAUAUGUUAUCAAAGCUUUUACAAAGAAAGGUUCUCUAUAA